UUGUGUAUGUUAUUUUAUUGAGUUGUCAAGUGUCAAUGCUGUUAUCUUUGCUUUGGUGUUAUCAGUGCUGGUAUUGGUACUGUGGACAGGGAGUUCUUUUGCCAUUAAUUUUAAAGUCUUUCAAUUUUCACGAACGUGACGAAGAUCAAUAAAUAAGCAUUUUUUAUCUAAUUUUAGAUUAGAGGACUGAUUUACUUUACCAGCAUGGUCAGUUGCGCUGUUUGCGGCUGUUCUCACCGAACGGGCAAUAGAAACAAGCCAGCCUCUCAGGUGAAAUUUGAAGAACAGAACAAAAGGCCCAUGAAGUUCUUCAGGUUUCCAUUAAGUAAUCCUGAAAAGUGGCAAAAAUGGGUUCUAGCUAUACGCCGAAACAAUUUUACUCCUUGUAAAUAUUCCAGGGUAUGUGAAAUACAUUUCGAAAAGAAAUUCUUGAAGAAAGGGGUGAGGAGAGUUGGCUGCAUUUCUCUCUCACCAGAUGCGAUCCCAACUAUUUUUCCAGCACACCCACCAGAUUUAGAGAAGUUGGCUAGUAAAACCUGAUUUGCCCUCUCAGAACAAGAAAAUAUGAAUUUUCUUCCCUUUUCACAAGGCUGCUAUGAUGGACUCGUAAAAGCGCAGAGUUGGAGAAAUUAGUGGUUAUCACUUUCAUGCAUGACAUUAAUCGAAACACUUGGCUCUUGGUAAAAAAGCUUAGCACCUAUUAAUGUAUGUUUGGGAAAUAGGUAUCAACUUCAGACACUUUUAAGCAGCCUGUACUUUACCAGGUUGGUUUCCUCAUAAAUGUAAUUGCUGAAUUUCGAAUGAUGACUUUAAGACAGUACUGAGGAUUGUUCGUUCUACUGGGAUGAGCAAAAGAUACACUCAAUCUUUCAAGACCCCCUUUUAAUUGAGUUCUAACGUCCUGUUGUAGAACAUUGUUGUGUGAAUCAAGGAGGAAAUUUUUUUAGUCUUAUGGACGAAUAAAACUUUAAACGCCUUUUUCUCAGUUUGAACUUCAUGCAACCUGGUACAUUUCUGUCAAACAUGAUCCAGUCUCAGCUUAACAAUUUUUAACUCAACAAGUCAAUGAAAAUGUUUUUUUGGAUAGAUAGCUAAUCCAAGUCUCUAAUUUUCACUAAAGAGUUUUCCUUGGGACCGAGAAUAGCAGCAGAAACUGGAACAUUGUGCUUGACUCUAUGACAAAGAAAUUAAUAAGAGGUAGAGCAUUUCAUCUACCGGAAUGUUCAGUCUUACAUUCUAAUGUGAUUUUGUUUCGUUUUUGGUUUCCUUAGGUUCAUUAAUUUUAGUGCAUUCAUAAUAUUGUGCUCACAAUUUUACCAGUGUGAAAUUUUCUGUCACUUUUUCCUAUUGUUACAAAAUUUGUGCCAAAAUAAUAUAAUUGUUUGAUAAGCAGUGUAUAAUUUCCUUUAAAGCUGAAUUCUUAGCACUUUCCAUCAACUUCUUACUUAUUUUGCAAUGGAAAAAAGGCCAUAAAACAUUUCAAUGGUAUGUACCGAAGACAGAGUAAAUGGAUCAUAAUUAACAUUAUUGGAAAAAUUGAGUCAUUCAUACUAACAAUAGGCUUCCUAAAAGAUGUAUAUGCGUAAAUGAGUUUGAUAUUAAAAUCUAACGCCUGGUGCAAAAUCCAUGACUUCGAAAGUUGCGGAUUUCAUGGGUAGCAAUAGGCUGCUGAGCAGUUUUCUCAUGAUGUCCCAAAUUCGUAAAAAUGUGGUUACAGGUACUCUGAGCUACUAAUUCACGAAAAGGAAUCCAUCAUUACUUUUAGAUACGGCACUUAAGAGCAAGUUGGACUGAAAAUGCAUAAUCAUCUGUCAGAGGAACUCAAUCGAAGUUCCUAUGAUGGAUUGUUGCGCCGCCUUAGGUUGCCAAUUUGCAUGCUUUAGAAGUUGUACCAUUUUACAAAUUUUUGUUGUCAUUGUUGUUGUCUCAACUAUCUCACUUCCGCAAGUUUUGGUAUUAAUAAGGUUGUCUCAUGUACCAUAUGUUCUAAUUUAUCAACUGUCUUAACUUGCAUAUUUCUUUGUACACAAGUAAGGAUAGUUGGGUGCAAGAUUUUCUGGAAAAAAGAAAAUAGCUUUUUGAAUGGGAAUCAAUAAAAACUGAGUUUCAACCAAA